AUUAGGUUAGAAAAACCAAUUGGAAUUGAAAGCUCGAUGACGAUGAACGUUCUAGGCUCUGGAUAUCUAAAUUGUGCAAUUCAGGUCACACUUAAGCAAAGUUUAAAACGUUUGAGAAAAUUUAUAUUGGGAGAGGUUAGUGAUUGUGCAGAUUCUUUUGGGAAAUUUUAGCGUUGGCGAGCUCAUGUUCAAUUGUUUGUGAAUGAUUGAUGUUUUCUCUUUAAUAGAGGGAUUUGAUGAUUUGAGUGUAUAGGAAGAAAACCACAACGUUUUUGAUAAAUCUAAUAAGCGCAUUAGGAGAUUCAUAUAAUGAUAUAUUAUCUUGUCUUACAUUCUUCUGCUAUUGUAGAGAUUAGCUGAUUUCUACGGAAAUUGAAAUUUCGGUAUCUAUGGAAGUAAGGAUUUAUAUAUGCCUGAACUUGGAUUGAUCAUGAAUGUUUGUCGUUUUUUCAUUUGGUAUUCUCUGUCUCCAUCAUAAAACAAUUUAUGGAAGAUGGAAAUUAGAUUAGGUCAGUUAUUGUUUGUUAUUUUACGGUUCUCAGGAAUCUAAUUUGUAUAGAAAGUUCGAUGUGGCGACAUUUUGAACUUUUAAUAUCUAAAUUGUGCUAUUCAGGUCACCCUUAAGGAAGUUUGAAUGUUGAUAUUGGUAGAUGUUAGUGAAUAAUGUCUGAGUAAUUGUUAAACUUGCAUUCGUUCGAGAAAUUUAGUGUAAGCGAGAUCAUGUUCAAUGGUUUGUGAAUCACUGAUGCUCUGUCUCCUAGAGAGAAGAGAAACAUUCUUAAAAUACAGAUCGUUACCGCAAAUAUUAACUGUUUUUUGACACUGACAAACUAUUAUUGAACAUGUACCAGGUGUGGUUAAAGCGAAGCGACCAAUAUGGAGACUGAGGACGAUCAAAGAUUUUUUCUUGUCCAUCAUUAAUCUGAUACAAGUCUUCUUUAUGACCAUGUUCUCGAUGGAGAAAUCAGAUGCUUACAGGAAAGGUUCUAAGGCUAACAAGAAGUGGGGUGGCGGCGGGGGUGGUGGUGGUGGUGGUAGCGGUGGUGGCCCCCCUCGACCUCCUCGUGGGGGCCUAGACAAUGUGCGUGGCUUGAAUGAUAUCCGUGGAGCUGACCACAAUUCCCUACCGGCAUGUGGCUCGUGCUGUGGCUGAGCCUCGUUCAUGUGGAGCGCCUAAGAAUAAGCGAACGAAUUAUAUCAUAUACAUAUUAUCUAGUGUUGAAACGAUGCCUUGUAAUUUGAGGAAGCAAUGAACGAAGAUUCUGGUGUAUUUUUAUUUGCGUCUAAUCAAGCUUUUUGUAUUUAGAUGGACGUGUGAAGUUGUCCACCUCUAAUAGUUCGUAAAUUACAUCCAACUUAAAUACAGUAUUUGGGUAGA